GUCACUCACUCCGCCGCCGACUCGCGGAGUAGGUUAGCUGCUGGCUAUACCAGUUAGGUAUCAUUCUAAGUGCGAGUUUAGUUAGCUCCGAGCAAUUCCGGCAACCACAUACGUAGGCAAUGGCGGCCACAGCCAGGGACCCUCCGCCGAACCACAGUGACUUUCAGGAGGUGGAGGACGCUGAGGACCUGUUCCCGGAGCUGGCGGGCGGCCCUCGCGAGGAAGUGGACCUAAGCGGCAAGAAGUCCAACGGGCCCAAGCAGGACUUUGACCAUGACACAGAUGACCUGUUUGCAGAGGUCACAGAGGAAGUGUCGCUGGACAGUCCGGAGAGAGACGUACUUCUGUCGGACGGGCCCUCUCCUGCCAUCACGCCCAUCACGCCACCCACCUCCGUCAUCGCGCCACGUAUAGGACAUGCCCAUGACGAUGUGUUUACACAUUCCUCCUUCGAGGAGGUAGAAGAUGAUGAGUCCAGCGACAUCUUGGAAGUUCUCAUCUCUGUGUCAGAUCCUGAGAAAGUCGGUGACGGCAUGAACGCGUACAUGGCCUACAAGGUUACCACCAAGGUGUCGCCGUCUUCAUCGUUGUUCAGGCUCCCCGAGUUCUCGGUCAAGCGUCGCUUCAGUGACUUCCUGGGCCUUCACGGGAAACUGGCAUCCAAAUACAUGCAUGUGGGCUUCAUCGUGCCCCCCGCGCCAGAGAAGAGCAUUGUGGGAAUGACCAAGGUGAAGGUUGGGAAGGAGGACCAAUCGUCUAACGAAUUUGUGGAGAAGAGAAGGUUGGCCUUGGAGAGGUACCUGAUGCGCACAGUACAGCACCCUGUCCUGCUCAAGGAUCCUGACCUCGUUCAGUUUCUGGAGAUUUCUGAGUUGCCGCGGGCCGUCAACACACAGGCUCUGAGCGGCGCAGGCCUCCUCAGGAUGGUCAACAAGGCGGCUGACGCAGUCAACAAGAUGACCAUCAAGAUGAACGAGUCGGACGCUUGGUUCGAGGAGAAGCAACAGCAUUUUGAGAAUCUCGAUGUACAACUGAAGAAACUGCACGCCAGUGUCGAGUCACUUGUGUGUCACAGGAAAGAGUUAUCUGUGAACACGGCGCAGUUCGCCAAGUCGGCGGCCAUGUUGGGCAACAGCGAGGACCACACGGCGUUGUCCCGAGCUUUGUCUCAGCUGGCCGAGGUGGAGGAGAAGAUGGAGCAGCAGUACCAGCAGCAGGCCAACGCUGACUUCUACUUUCUGGCUGAGCUCCUCGGAGACUACGUGCGCCUCCUAGCCGCCGUCAAGGCCGUGUUCGAGCAGCGUGUGAAGGCCUGGCAGAAAUGGCAGGACACUCAACUUCUCCUGCAAAAGAAACGAGAGGCCGAAGUUAAACUGCAGUUUUCAAACAAAUCUGACAAAGUGCAGCAGGCCAAAGACGACAUCAAAGAGUUGGAGGGCAAAGUCCAGCAGGGCGAGCGCGACUUUGAGCAAAUUUCCAGAAUCAUCCGGCGAGAAGUGAGUCGCUUUGAGAAGGAACGAGUCAACGACUUCAAGAACAUCAUCACCAAAUACUUGGAAGCCCUCGCACUCACGCAACAACAGCUGAUUAAGUACUGGGAAGCGUUCUUACCAGAGGCCAAGGCAAUCUCAUAGGUCACCCACAAUGCACCUGGCCUCCUUGUUUCUGCACCAACCAGGAGCUCACAUGCGAAUUGAACACGCUGGGAUCCACAUUCUCCUCCUCUUUUUUCAUCAUCACGUGACUGGGGCGGAGCUUAUUUUUCUUUGUUUUGAAUGCACCGCUGGCCCAAGACGACGUCCACUUUUUGUGUUCGUGAAGUCAGAAUCUUUGUGAACUUUUCUUCUUUCGCCAAAUUUUCUUGUCAUGUUCAGAGACAACCGCAUAAAAAUGAAACGUUACAUUUUUAAAAUAGGCCGUAUUAGUUUACUAGCUAAUUAUUCAAUUGUAAACAAUCAUUUUAAAACGCUUUUAACAUCUACAAUUAUCCCCAUUUCUUUUAGAAGUUUCACUCUUUGGCAAUGACGGCUAAUGUGCGAGCCGGUUCACUAAUUGGUAACACUAGCCACAACACAAUGGUGAAUUUUAGAUGUAGCGUUAACCUUUUUCCAAUAAUUCUGUCUUUUGGGAGCAGCUAAGCUAAUCAAUAAAGUGCUAAUUUAUCGUCGCUAAAAUGUGAAACCAGAAAUGCCGUCCACUCAUCUGCGAAAUAAUCGCGAACAGGGAAGAAUUUCUAAAAAUGUCAUGAAGCCUCAACAGUUCGUUUUUUUCACUGGUUAACCGCUCAAAUGCCAUGCUAACUAGCAGUUAGCUAGUGUGAAAGAAUGUUUCAAUAUCUUGAAUUGUUUUUCACCACUUCAUCUUAAUUUCUUGAUAGUUUUUUUUCUUGGUAAUGUAAUUUGAUUUGAACAUUUAUUUUUAUUAUAUUAUUUUAUACAAUUUCUAGUUAAUGUUAGCUGGCUAACUAAGCGCUAAUUAGCUCGUGGCAGGUUGUCCAGGUGAAAAAAUGCUACCGCUUGUCACUUUUAAUGCCUCCCAACGCUAGCUCCAUCGCUGCUAGCACUACAGCAGCAUUGAAUUGUUAACAUAAGUCAACUUUACCAGCUAAUCUAAUCAUGCUAAUUUAUUAUGACAAAAAUGUGAACUGAGAAAAGGCGUCCGCCAGUCUUCAAAAACAUCGCUAAGUGGGGACAAGUGGUCAAAAUGCCUUGGACUUGAUGAUUCUCUUUUUGUUUACGUUAGCCACUUAAAUGCCUCGCUAACUUGUAACUUGGUAGUGCGGCCUGCCUGCCCCUAUGAUCUUAAUACACUUAAAAUGUUUGUAAUUAAUCAAUACAUGCAUGAUGUUUAUUUAUUAUUCAAUUUCUACACUUCUACAAGGCAUUCACGCCGAAGAUGCUAGACAGCUGACUAAUUGCUAACUAGCUUGCGGCAGGUUACUCAGUUGGAGAGAUCCUAGCGCUAGUCACUUGUAACACCUCCCCACACACGCCGGAUCACCAGUGGUGACUUUUCUCUCAUCUCUUUGAAUUAACGUCACACGCUAAUCGAGUUCGAAUGGUGAGACGGUGUUUUCUUUUUUUUAGAAGCAGGUAAACGAAUCAACAAAAUGCUAAUUCAUGUCGCUAAGAUGUAAAAAGAAGAAAGCUGUCCAAUAUUUUGUGAAGACGUUGCUAACGGGAAAUAAUGUUUGGAAAAAUGUGACAGACGAAGCCUCAACCUUGACUGAUUUUGUAUGUUCACUUUUUAACCACUGAAAUACUAUGCUAACUAGAAACUGACUGCGAUAUUAUGUAACCAUUGAAGAGCAUAUUUUAAUGAAAUAACAUUUACAUUUUUCACCGCUUUGUCUUAUUUACCUGAUUUUUUAAAUUUUUUUUCCCCCCACUAAUUUGAUUUGAUUUGAACGGUUGUUUUUAUUUUUGCCAAUGAUGAACUUUCAUAUUUUGCAACUUUGCUGUGAAAUGACAUUUACUUGUGACGGAAAAGACGAAAAUAAAGAAUGUAUCCUCAUCACUUGAUUUCAA